CAUAGUUUUUCAAUCUUGGAUGUAGUCUCAUUUUCUUACCACCAGAAGGAAAAGAAGAGGCACAUCCCACACGGCCGUCCGCAUGCGGCGAAUCACAAAACCGACCACUAAUAAAUUAGUGACGGUAACUUCGAAAAACCAAAACAAAGAGAAAGAAAAUAAAACCAAACAAACCAGAGAGAAGAAGGCAGCAGUUAUAAAGCAAAGACUGACUCUUUCUGUUUGCACAGGAGCACGGAUAUCUCUCCUCUUACGCAAACACCAACUACCUCCCCCAACUUCCCUUGUCUUCCACAUAACCCAUAACUCAAACUCAAUCAAUCUCCAAAACCCAAAUAUACAUCUCCAAAAGUUGUAACCUUACAUGUCAGAGAGGGUUCUCCGGCGACGAUCUCAGGCGACGGGCGGUAGUGGCAGCCGGAGGACCCGCCUCUCGAACCCUUCACCAUCGCCGCACCGGAAGACCCCACAAACUAAGCGAUCGCCCAAGCCACGUUCCAAGCCUGUAAAGAUUCUUAAGCGAUGCUCGUCCGAGCCUCUGCUCCGGAGUCCCGUCAGCGAUUUCGGCGACGAGGUGGUGCCGCAUGUUGGCCGGGAGUUGAGGUCGGAGCCGGAUGGAGUUCUUUUCCGGCCACAAACUUGUGUUGACGUGUUUGCUUCGUCUCCGACGUUGAUGAUACCUUUCUCUCCCAAUAAUCAUGAGGCAUACAAGAAAGAUGCAAAGGUGGUAUUGAAUGUUUCCGUUGAAGGAAGUCCAGGACCGGUGAGGGCCAUGGUGAAGUUGGGAUCUACGGUGGAAGAGACGAUCAAGCUUGUUGUAGACAAAUAUAGCAAAGAAGGGAGGACUCCCAAGCUUCUUAAGGAUGAGGCAUCGUCCUUUGAGUUACACCACUCCUACUUCAGCCUUCAAAGUUUGGAUAAAUCAGACUUGAUUGGGGAUGUUGGUAGCAGAAGCUUCUAUCUUCGAAAGAGCAGCAGCAAGAAUGGAGGAUCUACUGCUUCUUUGGAAGUCAUUCCCGUGAGAGCAAACUCUCCUCCACCUGCUCCGCGUCCAGGAUUGUUACUUCCAAAUUUUAUUGCUCGUAAACUCGCUAAACUUGUUAGAAGAACUCAUAGACUUUGGAAGGUCAUAGUCUGUAUGCGAUGAGGAAAAUUAUGUAGAAAAGACCAUUGCUACAGACUUUAGAGUAACACAAAAUAUUAUUCCUGUUACUCUUCAAUGAGCCUCUUAAAUGCGGAUGUCGGACCUCGUCUGUGACAUGUAUUAUCAACUUUCUCUUCUACCUUCUGAAUUGUAUGCAAAUGCUGUAAAUAUGUCCUUAUUGGAAGAUCAUUUAUAUCAUAGCUGAAAAACACAAUUGUUCACAUGUUUUUCCCCACUGAAAUACAAGCAACAAAUGCUAUUUGUGUG